AUGAUAAAAAAUAUAUAACUCUUAAAGGGAUUAGUAGCCAUAUUAGUAUUGCUUGUUGUAGUUAAAGCAUAAGAAGUUUAUUAAGAACCAAAAUGUGAUGUAGAAUUAGAUGGAAGUUUAUGCUUAUUUAAUGGUGAUAAAGUACUAGUACCUAGAGCAAAGCUACCUGGAUUGCUUCUUCAUUAUAGUUUUGAUGAUUCUUAAAAUUUAGACUUGUCAGGAAAUGGAUUUCAUCCUGCAAUAGGAAAACCUAUUGUCAAAGGGCAACCAUGGGGAGGUUCUGGUAACAGUGCUUACUUUUAUGGGCCUAAUUUUUUAAAGUUUAAUAUCCCAAGAGACAAAUUCAAAGCAUCAGAGUAUUCCAUCUAAUUUUAUAUAUUUCCAAUCCAAGAAUAGUAGAUGAAGGGGAAAGCUGAAUGUCCAAUUUUGUAAAAGGGCUUUGACAAUAAAGUUGAUGGCAAUUACGAAAGAUCUCCAGCUAUUUAUUUUCAUAAAAUAAAAAGAUCUAUUUUGCUAUAUUUUAGCACAUCUGAUAAACAAGAAUACUAAUAAGGUGAGUUUUUAGAAUCAAAUGCUAGACUACCUUACAAUAAGUGGGCUCACAUUGUUGUUAGUAAAACUGGGUCUAAAAUAAAACUUUUUGUUAAUGGGCUCCUUGACUCAGUUCAAGUUUUAAUGAAUUUCGAUAUUGAAAACGAUUCCUCUUUUUAUCUAGGUAAUGCUCCUUGGUUAAGUGAUGAAUGUUCCUUAAAUGCUUAUAUUGAUGAACUUAAAAUUUUAGAUGUUGAAACAAAAAGCUAUUAGGUUCAAGCUGAAGCCUCUUCUUUCUUAGCUGGUAUUGAACCAAAUUUUUUGCAUCUUGGAUGUAUAAACUGUCCAAUAGAGACAGCUAAAUCUGCAUGUAUAACAGGAUAUCAUUUAUGUACUAACUUAGAAUUAUACUCAGGCGCUUACACAAUAGCAAGGUUUAUGGGAUGGACUGAAUUAAAUAGGAAUAUUUGGACAUAUAAUUAAUUAUUUAGACAAGAUAGCGAAUAAGAAGAACGUGUAAAUUCAGGAAUUGGAAUUUGCUGUCUAGAUUUAGAAGAGCCCAGUUAAAUGUGA